UCAGUUUACGGCAACAUGGCAGCGUGCAGCCUGCUGUCUGAGAGCUCGUCGGUUCUGACCGUCAGAGUCUGAUAUCACCAUGAUCCCGGUACCGGACCGCUCCAGACCAGCAGGUCGGUAACGGGAGAUGAUGAUGCUGUGUUUAGGGAGGGUCUCCGGGUCGUUGUGCCGCAGAGCGCCGACUGCCCGCUGUCUGUCCGUCGGUGUGAGUCGGUCUCAGUCUGCGUCAUGGAGGCACAGACACGCACCUGCUGUCACCGACUACCUGAGGGUGAGCCCGGCCCCGGUGACCGGCUGGAGGCUGCAGCCGGUCACCGCGACACCGUGGCUGUACACACAAAGAACCGUGCUGCUCUACCGGGGAGGUCACGAGAGGACGGCGGCCGGUUUCCGGUUCCUGCUGUCAGCCAGAGCUCGAGGACUCUGCACCGGGAAGCCCGAGGAGAAACCGGACAGAUCACCGGUACCGGACCGGAAAGAACACGGGGAUCCGGUACCGGGACAACACGGACUCUUCAAGUUCAAAGAGCUGCAUGAGAACCCUUGGACAAUCCCCAACUUCUUGUGCGUGUGUCGGAUUCUGCUGGCACCGUUCUUGGGUCACCUGAUCAUUGAGCAGCACUUUCACCUCAGCCUGGCUCUGUUUACACUGGCCGGAGCGACUGACCUGUUGGACGGUUACAUCGCCAGAACGUGGCCCACUCAAAAGUCGGCGUUGGGUAGCGCUCUCGACCCGUUGGCUGACAAGAUUCUCAUCAGUUUUUUAUAUGUCAGUCUCACCUAUGCUGAGCUUAUACCAGCUCUCCUGACCGCUCUAGUGAUUUCCAGAGACAUUGGUUUGAUAGCUGCUGUCUUCUGGGUCAGAUACAAGACUGUACCUCCACCGGUGACCCUUAGCAAGUUUUUUAACCCCUGCUACACCACAGCACAGCUCAAGCCCACACUCUUCAGCAAGGUGAACACAGCCAUCCAGCUCCUUCUGGUUGCAUCCUCUCUGGCUGCUCCAGUCUUCCAGUAUACAGACAGUGUCCUGCUGCAGUGCUUAUGGUAUGUUACCGCGGUGACGACAGCAGCGUCAGGCUAUAGCUACUGGCACUACGGCCGCAAGACUGUCCAGGUGCUAAACACCAGAUCACCAUGACAACCACACCAGGAAACACGCAGAGACACUGAUCAGCCGCGGCAAAAAGUCGGACAGACAGACGGAUGGACGAUCGCCAGGAGCUCUGAAACCAAGUAGUUGUGACAGCCAUGUAUGAGUCGCCAUGGCAACGACACACGGAAACCAACUGAGGACGCAGAUGGUUUACUGCAACACUACAGAAACGCCUAACAGCGGCUCUGCCACUGGACUGGCUGCGGACUAGAGACACAUGCACACACAUAGAAACAAAUAUAGACCUCCCACACACACACACAUAUACAUGUCCAGUAUAUGUUAAGUCAUCUGGUCAGAGCUUCUAUUUUUUCUUAGUUUUCAAUCAAGAGGAUGCAAUGUCAACACGAUUGUUAGUUUUGUAAACCAAUGAUUUAUGAUUAAAACAGAAAAUCUGCUUU